AUAUGCAUGGUUGAUUGUGUUAUGUUCCUUUAUGGCCCAUGUCCUCAUAGCUGGAAUUGUCUUCACAAUUGGAGUGACAUUUGUCAUAUUUCUAGAUGCAUUUAAAGCCUCAAAGGGAGUGACAGCUUGGGUUGGAUCAUUAUGCAGGGGCAGUUUAUCUUUCAUAGCACCAAUAGGCAGUAUGUUGACUAACAAAUAUGGCAGCAGGCCUGUGGUUAUCUUGGGUGGUGUUAUAUCUGCAAUUGGUCUUGGAACAAGUGUGUUUUCAACUAAUAUAUACCACCUGUAUAUCACAUUUGGAAUAAUUACAGGAGGGGGCCUAGGAAUAGCUCAUGUUCCAGCCAAUACAAUUAUCAAUGACUAUUUUGAAGCCAAGAAGACAAUUGCGUUUGGAAUAGCAAAGGCUGGACUUGGCAUAGGUUCAUUCCUAUAUCCUCUACUGAUUGAAGCCCUAAAUGAGGAAUAUAGAUGGCGUGGAACUAUGCUUAUUUUGUCAGGGAUCGGAUUAAAUAUCUGUGUAUGUGGUAUGCUAAUGCGCCCAUUUAGAACUAAAGAACUAAUGAUGGAGACAGACAAAAAUGAAGCAGUAUUCAAUUUGGGAAUAUUGAAAUCAUUCAACUUUUUAAUAUUAUGUUUCCAUUUUCUAGUGUUUUAUUUUGGUUUUUCAAUUAUUUUUACUCAUUUAUCAGAAUAUUCUCUUUUGAUGGGUAUUGGAGGAAGUGAAAGUGCAAUGUUGUUUUCUGUACUUGGUAUCACUAAUAUUGUUGGACUACUUUUGUUUGGAGUCAUAGCACAUCACCCAAAGGCAGAUGCCAUGCUGCUCUACAUUGGUGGUCCUAUUGUGUGUGGUGUAGCAACGAUGUUACUACCUUUGCUUACACAAUAUGGACAAUUACUUGCUUAUUCUGGAUUGAUAGGACUUUGUAGUGCAACAGCUGAAGUACUUUCACCAACAAUAAUUUGUCAGAUCUUAGGGCCCAAUGAACUACCAAAUGGUUAUGGUGCAACAUUGGCAUGUGCUGCAUUUGGGAUGUUAUUAG